UAACCCUUUCUUUAUUUCGCCAUUUAUGGGGAAAUAACAAACUUGAAAUGUCAAAAGUAGACAACUUGCUUCUACCUUUGCUUCAAUCACGGAAUUGUAGGUAUUUAUACAGUUCAAAUACUUGACUGUCUUCUCUUAGAACAGGCUUUCAAGAAGCUGAAUCAAGAAUCCCUUCUAAUUCAUUCCCCCCUCACCCCUCCUCGAGAUGAAACUUCGGCAGCUAUUGCCGGAAAAGCCCCAUUUUCCUUCUCGGUUUAUCCACUUAGUUAUGGUCUCAUUUUCUGCUUGCAUCAUCUGUCUUCUCGUGUCACUCUUCCUGGUAGGCACUUCCAGGCUUGCACAUAUAAAUUCAUCUUCAGGAAACGUGCGUGCUCCAACAACUCUUAAUCAUAUUGUGUUUGGGAUUGCUUCAAGCAAAAUCUCGUGGCCGAAUAGAAAGGAAUAUGUUAAGCUGUGGUGGAAGCCAGACCAUAUGCGAGGAUGUGUGUUCCUGGACAGCAUGGUUGAGGAAGCAAAUUCCUACAAUGACAGUGGUUCACUCCCUCCUGCGUGCAUCUCCGAGGACACCUCUCGGUUUCGUUAUACUUAUCGAAAUGGUCCCCGGUCAGCAAUUCGUGUGGCACGUGUAGUUUUUGAGACAGUGGCACUUAAUCACUCUGAUGUGCGGUGGUUUGUUUUUGGGGAUGAUGACACAGUUUUCCUUCCUGAGAAUUUGGUGAAGACUCUUUCCAAGUAUGAUCAUGAGCUUUGGUACUACAUAGGAUCUAAUUCUGAGAAUUAUGGGCAGAAUAGAGAAUUUGGCUUUGAGAUGGCCUUUGGUGGUGGAGGAUUCGCCAUAAGUUAUCCACUUGCAAAAGUUUUGGCAAAGGUUUUCGAUGCUUGUAUUGAACGAUAUCCACAUCUAUAUGGAAGCGAUUCCAGGAUCUAUUCUUGCUUGGCAGAGCUUGGCGUGGGAUUGACUCAUGAGCCUGGUUUCCAUCAGGUUGAUAUUCGGGGAGAUCCGUUUGGCUUGUUGACUUCACAUCCACUGGCGCCAUUGGUAUCCUUUCAUCAUUUGGAUCACCUAGACCCCAUCUUCCCUAACAUGACAACUAUGAACUCAAUAGAGCAUUUCUUUAAAGCAGUAAAUAUUGAUUCCCAGAGGGUUUUGCAGAAAACAGUUUGCUAUGAUCGUUGGUUUGGGUGGACUAUUUCUGUGUCAUGGGGCUAUGCUGUUGAGGUAUAUAGCAAUCACGUAUUUUUGCCUGACGUUCUCCCCGUGCAACAAACAUUCAGGCAGUGGAAAAAGGGAGAUGGUUUGGCUGGGGUGUAUACUCUUAACACAAGAGAACCUCAUCCUGACCUAUGCCGAAGACCGACAAUCUUCUUUCUGGAUCAUGUGUCUUCUGGCAGGGACCGAAUUACGAGCCUUUAUAAGAAAAGUUUUGCAAAUUGUUCUAACGACAUGGCUUCACCAAGGAAACUAGAAGAGAUGAAAGUAUAUUCGCAGAAGCUCGAUCUCAGUGAAAAACAGCUUCGUGCUCCAAGGCGGCAAUGCUGUGAUGUCUUGCCUCCUUCUUCUGGAAAAGUGAUGGAAAUUGCAAUUAGAGAAUGCAAAGAGGAAGAACGGGUAUAUAUGCAUUAAUAAUUAUAAUUCAUUUGAGUAUGUGUAUCAGUUCAGGUAGCUUCUUGACUUCAGGAUCCAAAAUAGGGAGCAUAGAUGCUUGUCAUAUUGGUUGGAAAAGAUUGCAGACUUGUUAGUCUAUAUUGUUAUCUCCUCCACUUCGCCUUGAGAUAGCAGCAGAAACUGAAUAGACCAGGUCGAUGCAGUCUGCAAAUUUUUCAUGGCAGGAUCUAUGCCCGAGGUGAUGCCUAAGUACAGUUUUGACUUUUCCUAAUUGCUUCUGAUCAGAGACAUAGUAUGAUUAGAAAGCAAGGAAAACGCACAAAUUCGGCUUUUCAAGAUGCAAGCAAAGAAGUACAACAUGCUGAUGCUUAGAAAGAACUCCAUGAGAAUAUAAUCAAGGAAGCUUCAACAAUGCCUUCACCCUGUACACAUUCUUGCUAUUUUCAAUAUUGUAGCAUAUGCACAAACUUGUGAUUCAAAAAUAGAGAAUACAGAUUACUCUUUAGUGCCUCGAGAUGUUCUUUUGAUUGUAAUGCAAGUAAAUUUAGCACUGAAAUGACCAAAGAAAACGGAUUAAAAAAUGUCUGCAAGUGAUAAUUCACAUUUGAUCUGCAGAAUUAAGAUCCAGAUUGAUACUUUGUACUUCACAGCUUUUUUUUCUU